AUACAACUCGUUCACUUUUGCAGGAAUCCCAAGAUUUCCUCUUCAACAUUCAAUGCUUUUAUUGAGGGCAUGAAGAAGAUGCGCCCCAGUGAGUUAAAGUCUAAAUCGAACUGUCAAAGCCGACCAAUUAGAGUGUUUAUCUUCGGUGAUUGUUUCAAGGAACAUUGGAAAGUUCAAAUCUCUACUGCGGUUCUUUCAAAACCCAGUCAACUUCUGACGCUGGGCAUUUGUCCGGAUUUUGGCUUUUGCAAGGGUAGGAGGAAAGACGGCGAGAACUGUCGUAAUUUUGUUAACACUUCUUUAAGUGACCGGUGCGCAUUUCAUAUUGAAGCAUGCGCAAAUAAAUUCGCAGCACGCAGAGGGGUUUUCAACAGCUUGAAUUCUCUGCCACCAAAAAAGUUUAAAAAACAAGGAUUUCUGAGCACUUUGAGCAAUGGAACGACUAUCAGUACGUAUUGCGAAAGACCGGAACCGGGUCCGUCGAACACUGAUGAUUCGUCAAAGCGCGGUUUAUUUAAAAAGACCAAAUUUACCGAAGAAGACUUGAAAGUUUUAUUGAAAAAAAAGAGUAGUCAUGAAGCUGAGCUUGAGAAGGAAAUGUAUUUUAAUAAAAUGGAAAAGAAAGAAAAAAUCGAAACUUUCGUGACGUCUCUAAUGGAAGUAAAAGGCUGUAAUGUCAUUACGUGUAAAAAGUGUAAUUACACGGCUCAAAAGCAAAGUAAUUACUGCAAAAUCAACGGGCAUUUGAUAAUACGUCAUAAGGCUGAUAAAAGGUUUUACAAAUGUUGCAGUUGUUCUAGGCGUGUUAUUUGCUAUGAGCUGAUGCCGACGAAACCGUGUCCGGGUUGUGGUGAGAAGGACUACGAACGAGUUGCGAUGAAACAGGAACGAAAGGUAAAGGGAUUGAAUGAGGAGUUGUUGGUUCGUGGCGAGGAGCGGAAGUUUGUGAAUGUUUGA